AUGAAAGAAGAUACAAAAGCUGCGUCUAUCACGCAAACUGACGAGAAAGAUGUUCAAGUUGGGAUCAUCACCGAUCUUGACGAGGGCGAGGUCUUUCUCCACCAGCAUGGCUACAACAACGAAGCUAUCCAGGUCCUUUUGGAUGACGAAUCACGCAAUAAGGCUCUCGUUCGCAGAGUGGAUCUUGUGCUUCUACCUUUACUUGCCGGUACCUAUACGCUGCAAUACAUAGACAAGUCGGCAUUAGGCUACUCUGCCGUUUUCGAUCUGCUAUCAUCGACCCACAUGACAAGUAACGAGUACAGCUGGUUAGCAAGCAUUUUCUACUUUGCCUACCUAUUUGCAGAAUACCCCUGGAAUAUUCUCGCACAGAAGACCAGACUAGGCAAAGUCGUCUCGGGCAACGUCAUCGCGUGGGGUGCAAUGCUCAUGAUCACCGCUGCUUGUACUUCAUUCACCGGUAUGGGCAUUUGCCGUUUCCUCCUUGGCAUCUUUGAAGCACCAAUCACGCCCUGCUUCAUGAUGAUCGUGGGUAUGUGGUAUACGCGCUCCCAGCAGCCCUUCCGAGCUGGUGUCUUCUACAGCUGCAAUGGACUCGGGGCCGUGAUUGGCGGCGUCCUGACAUUUGGAAUCGGACAAAUCAAGACGAUUGCAGUCUGGCGAGCUAUCUAUCUUAUUCUCGGCGGAAUCACGGUUUGCUGGGGCAUUUUGAUGUAUGUCUUUCUUCCUGACGACGUCGUCUCAGCCAAACGCUUCAAUAUUGAAGACAAGGCUCUUUUGAUUGGCCGCAGUCGACUUGGCCGAACGGGAGUGAUCAACCACAAGAUCAAAUGGUAUCAAAUCAGAGAAGCACUAGUCGAUCCUCAAGUGUGGAUUCUGUUCCUGUUUACUCUACUCAAUGAGAUCAUAAACGGUGGUAUUGCCAACUUCAGCAAGCUCAUCAUCAAAGGUCUGACGGAUGAUGCUCUCACCACAGUUGCACUGGCAAUUCCAAUGGGCGGUUUCCAGAUCUUUUAUAUCUUGAGCGGAACUUUUCUCGCCUCGCGCUUUCGUAACUUUCGCACAAUCGUCAUGUUUCUUUACAUAAUGCCGACGAUUAUUGGUACUUGUCUACUGUGGAAUAUGAACCAUGAGACCCACAAGGUGGGUGUGUUGUUUGGUUACUAUAUUUGUGGGGCUUAUGUCUGCUCUUUGGUUCUAGCAUUGCAGAUGCCUGCUACUAAUCUGGGAGGCUAUACGAAACGCAGUACGGGUGUUGCCUUGGUCUUUCUAGCUUACUGUGCUGGAAAUAUCAUUGGCCCCCAUGCUUUCUUGGCGAAAGAAGCACCUAUAUAUCAGACUGGCUGUAAAGUGAUCGUUUCAUGUGCAGCUGCUCAGGCUGUACUUGCGCUUUGUCUUCGAAUGCUUCUUAUUUCCAGAAACAAGAUGCGAGAUGCGACUGCCAGUAAUGAAGGUGUAGAGGGAAUCUCACAAGCAGACGAGCUGGCUGACUUGACUGAUUUCGAGAAUCCAAACUUCCGCUAUGUGUUUUGA